AUGUCUCAGAGGAGUAAAGCAUCCUCGAGUCAGAGCUCCUCCUCUCGUCCCUCCUCUGCCCACGACGCCCCCCCGCUGCGCUCGGCUCUGAAACACGGCUCUAAAGACUCGAAGGAUUCGUCUCAGAAAGGCUCUCACUCGGCCCAGCGCCGCCGGCGCAGCUUCAGCCAGGGCUCUGUCUACUUACCCUACCUCAACGCGCUGUUCGGACAGGAUAGAGAGCUGAUGCCGGAGGAGCUGGACGAGCUGCAGCAGGCCUUCAAGGAGUUCGACUACGACCAGGACGGAUACCUGCACUACAAGGAUGUGGCUGACUGCAUGAGGACGAUGGGCUACAUGCCCACGGAGAUGGAGCUGAUCGAGAUCAUCCAGCAGAUCAAGAUGAAAUGGGGUGGCCACGUUGAUUUUGACGAUUUCUGUGAGCUGAUGGGCCCCCGCAUGCUGACGGAGACGGCGCACAUGGUGGGGCUGAGAGAGCUUCAGUGCGCUUUCAAACAGUUUGACUGUAACGGUGAUGGGCGGAUCAGUUUUGAUGAGCUGAAGGAGUCGAUGAAGACGCUGCUGGGGGAGAAGCUGAAGAAGGGCGAGCUGGAGGAGAUUCUGUCCGAUAUCGACCUCAACGGAGAUGGAACCGUCGAUUUUGACGAGUUUGUAAUGAUGCUGUUGGCUCGAUAGCUGCAUUUCGGGGACCGUCCAAG